AUGGAUUCUUUCAUGCUUGGGGAUGAAGGCGUACGCGAUCGCAUUCGCCAGGCCGAGGAAUUUCUAGAUCCCAACGACCCUCAAGUGCGGAGUUAUCGAUCAGACAUCAUAUUGAUGCUACAGAAGAACCAGCGCCGCUUGACUGUCAAUCUCGACCAUGUGCGCAACCACAACGCAGAUCUCGCCCAGGGCCUGCUGGAACAGCCCUUUGACUACACCCUGGCCUUUGAUCAAGCCCUGAAGAACAUCGUGCAGGCGCUUCCGCAGGCUCGGCCUGACCAGUCAGCAAAAGAUACUAUGUACUAUUGUGCAUGGGCUGGCAGCUUUGGCCUGAAUGCUUGCAAUCCCCGCACAUUGUCGUCACAUCUGCUCAACUACAUGGUUUCUAUCGAGGGCAUUGUCACUCGUUGUUCGUUGAUUCGGCCCAAGGUUGUCAAGAGCGUUCAUUACAAUGAAACCAAGGAUAGGUUUCACUUUCGCGAAUACCAAGAUCAAACCAUGACCAACGGCGUGACCACCUCGAGCGUCUACCCUCGCGAGGAUGACGACGGCAACCCUCUUAUCACCGAAUAUGGUUUCUGCACUUACAGGGAUCAUCAGACAAUCUCUAUUCAGGAGAUGCCCGAGCGAGCACCGGCAGGACAACUCCCCCGCGGAGUGGACGCCAUCCUCGAUGAUGAUCUUGUCGAUCGAGUGAAGCCAGGCGAUCGCGUACAACUUGUUGGUAUAUACCGGACCCUGGGCAACCGAAACACCAACCACAACAGCGCCCUGUUCAAGACAAUGAUCUUGACCAACAACGUCGUUCUUCUUUCGUCAAAGUCUGGUGGCGGUGUGGCAACUGCGACUAUAACUGAUACCGAUAUUCGCAACAUCAACAAGGUGGCUAAGAAGAAGAACCUGCUCGAACUGCUCUCUCAGUCGCUCGCUCCCAGUAUCUAUGGACACGACUAUGUCAAGAAGGCUAUACUUUUAAUGCUUCUAGGUGGUAUGGAGAAGAAUUUGGAGAACGGAACACAUCUUCGAGGAGACAUCAACAUCCUCAUGGUCGGUGAUCCCUCUACCGCCAAGUCCCAGUUGCUCCGUUUCGUCCUCAAUACCGCCCCUCUUGCCAUUGCAACGACAGGUCGUGGCUCCUCCGGUGUUGGUCUGACAGCGGCCGUCACUUCGGACAAGGAGACGGGCGAGCGGCGACUGGAAGCUGGUGCCAUGGUCAUGGCUGACCGUGGUGUCGUUUGUAUUGACGAAUUCGACAAAAUGUCAGAUGUCGACAGAGUUGCAAUUCACGAAGUCAUGGAACAGCAGACUGUAACCAUCGCCAAAGCCGGCAUUCAUACAUCCCUCAAUGCUCGAUGCAGCGUCAUUGCUGCUGCCAACCCCAUCUUCGGCCAGUAUGACCCACACAAGGAUCCUCACAAGAACAUCGCUCUUCCCGACUCUCUUCUUUCACGAUUCGAUCUGCUUUUUGUUGUCACGGAUGACAUCGAGGACACGCGUGACCGCCACGUGUCGGAGCAUGUUCUCCGCAUGCAUCGAUACCGGCAGCCAGGGAGCGAGGAGGGCGCACCUGUUAGGGAGCAGGGGGCGCAAUCUUUGGGUGUCUCCGUCACCAACCAGGCAGAUUCGCAAGGUCCGACAGAGGUGUAUGAGAAGUACGAUGCCAUGCUUCACUCGGGUGUCACCGUCACAUCCGGACGCGGCGCGAACAAGAAACCCGAGAUUCUGAGUAUCCCGUUCAUGAAGAAGUACAUUCAAUACGCCAAGACAAGAAUCAAGCCAGUCUUGACACAGGAGGCCUCUGAUCGAAUUGCGGACAUCUAUGUCGGGCUUCGAAAUGAUGAGAUGGAAGGCAACCAGCGACGAACAAGUCCCUUGACUGUGCGUACCUUGGAGACCAUCAUCCGUCUCGCGACAGCACACGCCAAGUCUCGACUAUCCAACAGGGUUGAAGAGCGGGAUGCAGUUGCUGCGGAGCGCAUUCUAAGAUUUGCUCUCUUCAAGGAGGUUGUAGAGGAUGCCUCUCGCAAGAAGAGGAGAAAGACACAAGCGGUCGACUUUGCUUCUUCCAACGAGGAGAGUUCCAGUGAUGACGACCAGGACGGAACUCAAGCCGAUGGCACACGGUCAAACAGAUCGACAUCCCGAGCGACACGUACCAGCAGCCGUCUUCAAUCGACCGCCUCCCGGGCAGCACGUAAUGGAGGCGAUGCGGCGUCCUCUAGCAGAGAACCAGACUUGGAUGAGGAGGACACUCUCGCACAACCCACACCGCGCCGCUCUGGCAGACGAACACAGAACACCUCGCAAUCGCAAACCUCAUUCGCAUCCUCCAUACCCGCAUCCCAGUUGCCAUCCCAGACUCAGGCGGAGUCGCAAGAUGAUGAUGAGUUGGCGGAUGGCACAGCCGGACUGGCAAUCGAUGACACGCCCAUCAGCACCCAGCGUCUUGGAACAUUCAGGACAGCGCUUGGUCAGCUUCUUAGCACGAAUCUGUUCGAGGACGACUCUGCCGAACUAGAUGCCGUGGUGGAAGCGGUCAAUCGCAAGGUUGGAAACCGUGACGGUGGCGCUUUCACCAAGGGAGAGGCCACCAAGGCCCUACAAAAGAUGGGAGAGGCAAACCAGAUCAUGUUCACCGAGGGAGAUCUUGUGUACAAGAUUUGA